AUGGCAUUUUAUUUCAAUUUAACUGUCCUUGUUAUGCUGCUCUCCAUUACACUCCCAAGGUUUUCAACUGAUGAAGCCAGACAUUUAAACUCUACAUCUGUCAGAGAACUGCUGAUCUCCUCAUAUCAAGAAAGCUAUCAAAUUGUACAUGAAGCCUCACUCCACUCCAGACAACGACAAAGCUCCCCCUCGUCUUCCAAGCAUGUGUUUACAUUCCCUCGGCAAACCGAGCCUGAGACCCUGGAGAUUUCAAGAGCCGCAGAGGUUUUUCAAACAACACUGCAAGUACUAAAGAACAGAGCGAAACAGAGAUAUAAAAGGGAUGUCAUGGCACCAGAGCUACUCUCCUGGGAGGACGUGGAGCUGAUUGCAGAGCUGUCUCAAUGUCCUCCUGUAACACAUCCAACCAUCUGUCUGCAAAGUCAUCUCAACAAGUACCGCUCCAUAUCUGGCCUUUGCAAUAACGGUGAAAAUCCUCUCUGGGGAACGUCCAACACUCCCCUGGUCAGGUGGCUUCCAGCUGAAUAUGAAGACGGAGGGAGAGAACCCAAGGGUUGGAACCGAGGACGGCUCCAUAAUGGAUUCCAACUUCCCCCGACAGAGGCUACUACCACUGAUGCGCACAGCUGCAUGCCUUUCUUUCGCUCCAAAGCAGCCUGCCUCGUCAAUUUUGGGUCAGAAAUUCAACAAGCUCUGCAGCGACAACAGAUGAAUGCCAUCACAUCGUUCUUAGACGCUUCAGGUGUGUAUGGCAGCACUCCAAGGCUGGAGAGCUUCCUCCGUGACCUCUCUGGCCUCGAUGGGAAACUUGCUGUCAACGACAAAUUCAGGGAUCCCAGAGGAAGAGCCUACCUUCCGUUCAUAGCCACGCUGCCAUCAGCCUGCCGACAGAGUCCGCACGGGGAAAGAGUGGAGUGCUUCAGAGCUGGAGACAGUCGGGUUAAUGAGGCUCUGCCCCUGAUAUGUUUGCAUACACUGUGGCUUAGGGAACACAAUCGGAUUGCGGAGGCACUGAAACACAUUAAUGGUCAUUGGAGCCCGGAGACUAUUUACCAAGAAACUCGCAGGAUAAUUGGAGCUCUGCAUCAGAUCAUAACCAUGAGAGAUUAUGUUCCAAAAAUCAUUGGCCAGGAGGCUUUUGAACAUCACAUUGGACCCUAUCAGGGAUAUGAUCCAUCUACAGACCCCUCAGUCUCCAAUGUGUUUGCCACUGCUGCGUUCAGGUUCGGCCACGCUACCAUCUCUCCGAUCCUCAGUAGACUGAACGAGAGCUUACAGAAGCAUGAGCACUUCCCCCACCUGAGAAUGGAUAGCAGUCUCUUUAGUCCCUGGAGAAUAGUCAAAGAAGGUGGAGUUGAACCAACCCUGAGAGGUGCAUUUGGAACUGCAGCAUCAGCUAUUAGUGCCAACACACUGUUGACCGAGGAGUUAACAGAGCGGUUGCUUGUUUUCAAUGUGUCACAGUACAUGGACCUGGCUUCACUGAACCUGCAGAGAGGACGAGAUCACGCCCUCCCAGGAUACAAUGAUUGGAGAUCAUUCUGUGGAUUGCAGCGCAUUAAGACGAUGGAUGGUUUUAAAAAGGUUGUGAGAGACUACAGGGUUGCAAAGAAGAUAGCACGAAUAUACAAACAUCCUAACAAUAUCGAUGUAUGGCUUGGAGGGCUUGUUGAAUACGUGUUGCCGGGCUCAAGAACUGGUCCACUCUUUGCUUGCCUGAUUGGAAAGCAGAUGAAAGCACUUCGUGACGGUGAUAGGUUUUGGUGGGAGGCUGAAGGUAUUUUCAGCCAGCAACAGAAGGCUGAGCUUUUAAAAGGUUCUCUGUCUCGGAUCAUCUGUGACAACAGUGACAUUAGGGAAGUCCCUCCUGAUUCUUUCGGGUUCAGGAUACCUCUUGUCUCUUGUGAUCAUAUGCCAUCAAUUAAUUUGGAAGCUUGGAGAGACGAGAAGAGCCAAGAUUUAGAACAGUGUGGCACUCCAAGAAGGAUAAAGAAUGGGGAUUUUAUUCUUUCUAAUACAUAUGGAAAACUGGUCGCUCUGUACUCCUGUUACCAUGGUUUCAAGUUAAAGGGUGCCGCUGCAAUAGUGUGUGAGGGAAAUCAAUGGAGUAAUCAACCCCCACAAUGUACAGGGACCCCUCACUGAGUUGUUCACAUCGGGCAGAUCCAGGAAUGCUUCAUAGCUUUACAACCAA